AGACAAAUGAAAAUGAGACCUGGAGAGGUCCUUAUAGACUGCUUAGAGUCUGUUGAGGAUACCAAAGGAAAUAAUGGAGACAGAGGUAGACUGCUUGUGACAAAUUUGCGGAUUAUUUGGCGCUCAUUGUCACUGCCCAGAGUCAAUCUCUCUGUUGGUUACAACUGCAUUAUAAACAUAACUACAAGAACUGCCAAUUCAAAAUUACGAGGGCAGACAGAAGCUCUGUAUAUAUUGACUAAAUGUAACAAUACACGGUUUGAGUUUAUAUUUACCAAUGUUGUCCCCGGGAGUCCCAGACUCUUCAAUUCAGUUUUUGCUGUACACAGAGCUUACGAAACUUCUAAAAUGUAUCGUGAUCUCAAGCUAAGAAGUGCAUUGAUUCAGAACAAGCAACUGAGAUUAUUACCACAAGAACAAAUAUAUGAUAAAAUCAAUGGAGUUUGGAAUUUAUCAAGUGACCAGGGAAACUUGGGAACGUUUUUUAUUACUAAUGUGAGAAUAGUUUGGCAUGCAAAUAUGAAUGACAGCUUUAAUGUCAGCAUACCAUAUCUACAAAUUCGUUCAAUAAAAAUAAGAGACUCAAAGUUUGGCUUGGCACUUGUGAUAGAGAGUUCUCAGCAGAGUGGAGGAUAUGUGCUUGGUUUUAAAAUAGACCCUGUGGAGAAACUACAGGAGGCAGUGAAAGAAAUUAAUUCACUUCACAGAGUUUAUUCAGCUAACCCUAUAUUUGGAGUGGAUUAUGAAAUGGAAGAAAAGCCUCAACCUCUUGAAGACCUAACAGUGGAGCAGGUUCAAGAUGAUGUGGAAAUAGAAUCUGAUGAACAUACAGAUGCUUUUGUGGCUUACUUUGCUGAUGAAAACAAGCAACAUGAUCGGGAGCCUGUUUUUUCAGAAGAAUUAGGACUUGCAAUAGAGAAGCUAAAGGACGGAUUUACACUCCAGGGACUCUGGGAAGUAAUGACCUGAUUUCCACUGGCACGCGUUUGUUUCCUAAGCAGGGACAGACUCUGGGUUCUUACAGGGCUUGUGAGAUCUGUAGAAGAUAAUGUAGAAGUAGCAGAGAAAGAACAUGACAAAGCUAAAGAGCAGGCAAAUAUUAGAUGAUAUGGAUAUGUCUCAAGAUAUGUCAUAAAGGAAAUAUUAUUCAAAACCCUCGUAUGUGUAAAAGCUUGGUAUUUAUUACAUUGUUUCUAUAAGUGGCAGGAGGACAACCAACUUCUAAUACAAGAAGGGGCGGGGCCCCAACUUCCACUGGAAGCCCCACCCCUCCUCUGGUCACACGGUGGGUGUAAGGACCUGAGAAGUGUCCCCUUUCUGUGUCAGGCUGGUCUGUAAGGACCUGGAAGUCCCUCCCUGCUACAUGCAUGGCAGCUGCCAUUUUAUUUCAGUUGCCAUUAUGUAAAAUGUCAUACCCCACGUUUUUAUACUGCUUUGUGAUUGGCUGACUGCAGCUUUUGACACACUCGUAUGCCACGUGUUUUCAGGCAUGUGAUUGGCAGGAGCAGCCACCCCAUCCUGCUUCCCCCAGAAGGUUGUCAGAGCAGGAAGCCCCCUCCCCGAAUGACACAGACUCCACCAUGGUGUUGUAGCCACCAUUUUAUGGCAGGUAGCCACCAUUUUUUUUACAACUUCAUGACCCAUGUGUUUACAUACUGCCUUGUGAUUGGCUGUCAGGCCCAGCCACCACCUGCCAUUUUACCUGGAAGUACGUCAGGAAAGGAAGCUUCCUCUUCCUAUGGACACAGAGACCGUUUGAGAUAGGGCAGUGUGUGGUUACAUAGUUUGAUGCUCAAUUUAAAUCAUUUGUGUAUUUAUACGCAGUGAUGUACUUUCCCAUAAUGAUUAUAUCUAAAUCAAAUUUCCAUAACUUGUUUAAUGUUGUGCAACAUAGAAAUAUCAUCAUAUGCUGAACACUUUGUAUCUAGGCAUAUUGGCUGGGUUAUUGCAGCGGUGCUGUGUUACUGAUAGCUUUGACAAAAAGCAAUACUGUUCCAAAUAUUAGUUUUCAUGUCUCAUAAUUUUGUUAAAAAGUUCAGCACGUAUCAUUCCAGGUACUUAACUGUAAUCCAGAUAUCCUCACACAGCUUUUUCUCUUUUUUCUUUUUUUUUUUUUUUUGCUAGUGCACUUUUUUUAAGGAAUGAUCUAGAAAAAAGUGUACACACAAAUAGUUUCUGUGUCUGAGUCAUUAGACCUUUAUGAUGUUAUGUGUUAGAGAGAAAUGAGUCAUUUAUUGUUUAAAGGAAGAUGCAGCUGUUAAGUUUUCUAGUGAGAUAAGAACUCUGCGCUAUUUUCUAUAAGUGGAAAAAGUCAAAUGAGCUCUCCUCUCAGCUGUUGUUUUAGCAGCUGACUGUUAAUAGUAACAUAACUGUGGUGUGAAUAUAAUUGUUUGUAGAAAAUCUUUCAAGGUAUAUAUUUUAAUGAAAUAAUACCUAUAUUGAAAAGCAAUCGUGAUUUCAAUAAACUUUGAUAAUGUUAUACUUCAUUGUAGAUCUUGCAUUCAAAUAAUUGUGUUUUGAUCCUGUUACCAUAUGGGUAAAAAGCAUUCUCUAUAUGGGCAAAAUACAGUCCUUCAUCAAGGUACAUUAAAGAACUUAAAAUUUAAAUUCGUUUUGGAUCUGUAUUACCACCUUUAAUAAAAAUCUAAAUGUUCCCAGUCUAAAUUGUGAAACCUUCAAUAUAUGCAUAAUUGUUCUAAAUUCACGUUGACUUUUCAAU